AUGCUAUACUCUAAAUCAAACCCUCCAACAACACCAGAAACAGUGAUUUCAUGCGGAUACAAGACUCUUGUUCAGAAGCUUGACCCAAACAAGAACAAGUUUCCUUUAGCAAAAGAAGCCCUCAUGAAAGUCCUUGAAUCCUGGCAAGUUCUCUCCGAUCCGGUUCAGUUAGACCGAUUCAAAAAGGAGAUUAAGGGAGAGGCUGAGAGGACAUUUCACGGGACUCCGAUGAAGCCGCCAGAGCGGGAGUCCAUGGUGGAUGGGAAAGAACAGUACUAUUGCUAUCACAUGAGUUUGCCCUUAAGGUACCCUGUGGAUGAAAAUUGUAGCUUUGAAUUUGGGGGUAAUGGGGGUAGGAAGAUGAGGUUAAAAACUGUAGCUAAUAGGUCUAAAGUGAAACUUGUUGUUCUGGAUAGUGAAUCUGAAUCUCCUUUUCGAACCGGUUCGUGA